AUGGAUUUUUUACCUUGCGGUAUGUACUCAAUGGCGGAUUCGACGCUUCCAGACUCCGUGGACGGACACGGUUCACUUACGAAAAAAAGCCGCGAAAAAAGUACGGUGUCGGGAAUGGCCACCUUGACUAGGGAAGAACGGCGGAGAAGACGGCGGGCCACCCAAAAAUACAGAAUGGCUCAUGCUACACGCGAGCGAGUUAGAGUCGAGGCGUUCAACGUGGCAUUCGGUGAAUUGAGGAAACUUUUGCCCACGAUACCGCCCGACAAGAAAUUGUCGAAAAUCGAAAUAUUGAGGCUCGCCAUAUGCUACAUAAUGUAUUUAAAUCAAUUUUUGGAAACGUAA